CAUGACAUUUCCAAACAAAUAUUGAUUUUUGUGUUUUUGUUUGAAAGUUUGAAAGACAUAUUAUUUUAAUUAUUUACAAUUUUUAACAAUAGUUACACAUCAAAAUCGAUGGCAAAAAUACAUAAGCGAUAAACCAGAUCAUAGCGGUACUUAAUCGCAAUUUCACAUAUACAACAAUCAAAUACGAAAUCAUGUAAACAAGUAUUUUUUUGCAAACCAUUUUUUUGAAGUCUGGAGCAUCCUGGACUUGAACCUAACCUCCAGAAACUGCUCUAUCAUAGCCAAGAUCCAAGGUUAAGGUGUGGACACUUCAUGUGCACCGUUUGUUAUCUGUAUUUUUAACGUUUUUGAAGUUCUUUAAGAUGUCUCCACCUGCCUCUGUUUGCCGCAUCUGUCUGGCUAUGGGCGUUCGAUUACUGGAUAUAAAUGGGCCUCUGCAACAAGUAUAUGAGAAGAUCACCAGCACUGCUCUUCACACUCGCAACAAGAAACCAAUAGUGGCCUGUUACAUCUGCCACGCUCAGCUCAGGAAGUGCCACAACUUAAUGUUGACUUCGAACAAAGCUGACAAUGUGUUGAAUGCCAUAUUUCACUGUCAUUCCAAGAUAUCAGUGAAAUCAGUAUCAAUGUUUGAUCGCCGUGCGAAUGGUCUGAAUUGGCCUCUGAUCGCCACCAAACCUGAAUGUUAUCAGAAUCUUGACUCAUCACUAGUCGAGAUCAAAACUGAGCCAGUUGCCACCGAAUCUGAUAAUGAGGAACACGAUGCACUGGACAUGGGCAAUAUGGUCGAUAUUCCGGAUAUAAAGAGUGAAUGCGAUGAUGACACAAAAAGUACCACCUCGCUAUGUAACACUGAUGUGGAUAUGACUGAAGCUGGAGGGAACCUACAAUUGGACAACAUGGUCGAUAUCCCUGUUGUAAAAGGUGAAUGUGACGUAGACACAGAAGAAGAAGCCCCUUCGCAGUACAUCAAAGACGUGACUUCUAAAGAGGCUACGAAAGGUUUUCCCCAACCAAUGUGCGUGCGAGAGAUCUCAGGGGUCAAAACUGAAAAUGAAGACCCGCUGUGUCUACCAGAAUGUAACGCUGAUAUGGACGUGAAGAAGGGAGACGACAAGCCGUCAACGGCUGAGAAACAUAUAGACGCUGAAUCUAGUACAACAGACGAGAUACAGAAUCAACGAGAUUCUAAUUCUUUACGAUCAACAGCAGCCGACGAGAAAAAAGAAAAUAAACAAGAUCAAAAAGCCAAAAACAAAAAGUUACCACACCAAUGUAAAGUAUGUAAACGACGAUUCACAACUUCCGGACACAUGAAAACACACUUGGGCACACAUACCGGCGAGAAACCUUACCAAUGUAAGGUCUGCAAAAAAAGAUUCAAGCGUAACGACAUGCUGAUUCGGCAUUCACGGACCCACGACAGCGAGAAACCUCAUAACUGUGUUUUUUGUCAGAAACAAUUUAAAAGAACCGAACACUUAAAGAGACAUUUGAAAACGCACGACGGCGAGAAACCUUACGAAUGUACAGUUUGCAAAAAUGAGAUCAAAGGCAUUGAAAACAUAAUGACACAUUUAAGGAGCCAUGUAACCGAGAAACACUAUGAGUGCAACGAGUGUAAAAGGCGAUUCAGGCAAAAAAGCAAUUUGGUUAAACAUUUAGGUAGCCACAUGGAUGAUAAGCACAAGUGUCACUUUUGUAAAAGAUGGUUCAAACACAGCAAUAAUCUGUCUAGACACUUGAAGACCCAGCAUUGGCGUGAAACUUACAUGGCAGCCCCUUACUUAAAUGUGAAUGUCAAGUGCGAGCCUCUCGAACACACAGACAGUAUAUUUAAGGAGACAAAUGUAGGCGUGUUUAAAGAACUCACAAUGGAAAUUGAAGUGGUGCCAGACAUUCCAGAAGAUAUGGCAUACCCUGAAGAUGAAACAGACGAACAUAUACAAUCAAACGAUAAUUACCAAAGCUACACAGAGAACACAGAACAAGCAAAAUCCGCAAAGCCUAUGUCUCGAAUAGAACUCCGCAUGCAGAGCGGGGACAGGCCACACGAAUGCACCUUAUGCCAUCGCAGGUUCACACAGAAGCAUCACCUAAAGAGUCAUACACGGACCCACACCGGUGAGAAACCGUACAGUUGCCACAUCUGUCAGAGACGUUUCAACCAAAUACCACACUUGAAAAGGCAUUUGGAGACCCACACGGACAAAAUGCAUGAAUGUGAUGCGUGUCAACAGCAAUUUAACAAUAUAAACGAUUACAAAAUCCAUUUAAAAUCUCACACUGAUGACAGACCAUUUGAGUGUGAGAUCUGCCAUUUCAAAUUUAAGAGAAAGUUUGAUCUGAAAAUACAUUUUAGAGGACAUACUGGUGAGAAACCUUACGUAUGUACUAUUUGCCAGCGAGGGUUUACCACGGACAAAUACUUGCAGACCCAUAUGAGUGUCCAUUCUAAUGAAAGACCGUAUCAGUGCCCGAUUUGUGAAAAUAGAUUUAAGGACAAGAAUUACUUAAACAUACAUUUACGGACUCAUACCGGCGAGAAACCUUACGGGUGUACUGUGUGUGAAGCGAGAUUUAAACGGGCAAGCGAGUUGAAAAUGCAUUCAGUCAAGCAUUCCGAUGAGAAACGAUUCCGAUGUCAUGUUUGCCAACGCGACUUCAAAUAUAUGAAUGUUUUGACGAAACACCUUAGAAUACACACAGGCGAGAAGCCAUAUGAGUGUCCAGUGUGUUAUAGAACUUUUAGUAGGAUAACCAAUAUGAAAAGUCAUAACAGAAGAAUUCAUGAGAAGACGCCGGACAAGCCUAGACAGAGAGUGAAAAAGUCUAGUGAAGGCACAGUAGUUAGUAAUUAUAGUACGCGAAGAAAGGGGAAGGAAAGCAACGUAGCUAAACCUUCCAAAAGCCUCGAUUUCCAAUCUUCUCCGGAGAACUCUAAUCUGUCCAAUCCUGCUAGUCCUACUCCUUCCUGCCACGGAAGCCCUACAUCUUCUCCGGAUGAUCCUAAAGUGUCUUUAAGUCUAAAACAGUCACCCUCUUCGACUCCAAGUCCGUCCCGUUCUGGAAGCCCUGAUUUUUUAGUGUAAAUAGCACUGAAUUGAAUGUUACAUAUAAUAUUGUUGAUAAGCUAAACGGAAUACUUGCAGAUGGAAAGACUUUAUCUGAACAAAAUGCAUUUCCGGUCCGUUUUACAAAAUUUCGUGUUAUUGCUAUCUCUAUCGUUAUUGAUACGCAAGAUGAAAGAGAUAGCAAUAAUAUUGCACAAAGAAUACCGCCGUAACGUAAUGUAGCCACAUUGAAAAAUCACUCAGCUUCACAAGGUUGGUUUCCUCUUCUUGGCAGCUUUGUGAGAUAUGGUCAAGCAACAGAGCGAGGUGGUUUUGUUAAACGUUUUGAUUCUAAAAUAUGGCUACGACAUAACACAUUUCCUAAAUUCUAGUCCUGGAUAAUAGAUUUUACAAAACCUGGUCAUUAGAAAAAUCGUAUGUGUUAAGAAAUAAAAUAAUAUAAAAAAUAA